UCGGGCGGGGCAUAGGUACUGAGCCGAAUAGAGUUAGUAAUACGCCACUCACACACCUAAAGUAUUUAGAUAACGAUACACAGAGAGAGCAUGAAACUAUGCAAUAGUGGGUGGUGCGUGCGAGAGAGACAAAUAGGCAAUCACAAAACGUAAAAUUUUCCUCACUAGGUAUAGCCAAGCGCAGUAGUGUAGUUUGUGUAGUGCAAAAUAGGGUCUACCUCACCAUAUAUAUACAUAUAUACGUAUAUACGUAUAUACGCUAUAUCAGUAUACACGUUGCAAGUUGCAAGUUACAAGUGAGUGAGUAAGCGAGAAAGGUGAACCGCAGGCUGUUUACCGUCGUCGUCAUCGUCGUGGUUCAUCUGCUACCAAUUAUACCUACUGUUUUGCUUGGUUAACAAAUGUCAAAAAGGAGACUCGCGGCUAAGUACGGUUUGUCCGUUUUGUGAUGGUUGAAUUUCAUUAAAAAAAAAGAAUCCGUAACAUAACGUACGAUUUUGUUAUUUUUUGUUGUGUGUCUGUGCUGUACAAGUACGUUCGUUGUGAAGUGCUGUGCUGUGCUGCGUGAGUAACUGAGCAGUGAGCUCAAGAGUAAUCAAGAUAUAUAUGUAUAUACAUGUAGGUGUGCAAGAAGGUGUAUAGAGUGAUAUAGGACAUAGGUACAAGUUGUACGUAUAUGUACACGGCUACGUGCGUGUUAAGUGUGUGUGCGAGCCAGUGAGCUGGUCAUCUGAGAUUUGAGCUGAGCUCGUGAGCCGGCCUGGAUAUGUAUUGUUUUUUAUCCUUGCUCUUAUUUUAAUCUCAAUACUUUUCCGCUGUGGUGUAUGGUGUUAUACUUAAAUACGUCGAGUUUUGUGUGUCGCGUCGUGCGUGUUUUUUGUACUCCUAUACUCAACCUAUCUACCUACCUAUUCGCUUUCAUAUUGUUCGCCACACUAGCUGUCUCGGACGCUGUUCCGAACAACGCUCAUUAAUUUGCCUUUUUCGUCGCAAGUAAACCUAUUCACGAUCCAAAAGUUAUGUUAAAGGGGUGGCUUAUUGUCUGCUAAGCAACGAUCCAACACUAAAAGAAUACAACCAGGGCGUCCAGAUUAUACCUACUCAACAAAAGCAAACGAGCUACACAUUCAACUUAUUCAAGGAAAAAUACACAAGAGAAGCAUUGGUACAGUGGUGGCAGUAGACUAUAGUUAGUACAGCAGCCGCAAGUGUCAGUGGACACUUGAGCAGCCGCAGCAGCCCUGGCUACAUGUGAAAGUGUCGUUGCGCGAAGCAGCAGCUCCGCUGCCGAGGAGGCCGCCAAGACGACUUACGACAUUCCAAGCAGCACCGACUUCGGUCGGCCCCAAGCAUCAGACAUGAGCUGGGGAACCGAACUUUGGGACCAGUUUGAAAAUUUAUCCCUUCAUACGCAAAAAGGGAUCGAUUUUUUGGAGAGAUAUGGACACUUUAUUCGUGACCGCUGCACGAUCGAAGAGGAGUACGCAACGAAAUUACGGAAUUUGGUUAAGCGCUAUCAGCCAAAAAAGAAGGAGGAGGAAGACAACCAGUACAGCCCGUGCCGAGCUUUCAAAAAGGAGUUGAACGAAGUGAACGACCAGGCGGGCCAGCGCGAGAUCAUUUCAGAGAACCUCCAGGCGAAUGUGCUGCGCGAGCUCAACUUGCUCAUCAAAGAGUUCAAGGAGGACCGCAAAAAGUACCUGCAGGAGGGCGUCCGGCUGCGCACGAGUCUCGCCACCCAGAUCGGCAACCUCGAGCGCGCCAGGAAAGCUUACGAAAAGGCCUUCCGCGAGGCGGAGCGCGCCUCGGAAAAUUACCAGAAGGCCGACGCUGACUACGACCUCUCGCGGGCGGAGGUUGAAAAACAAAGAAUGAACAUGACUAUAAAGACGCAACAGAGCGAGGAGGCCAAGACGGAGUACGCAAAACAGCUGCAGACAACCAACGAAAUGCAAGUCCUCCAUUACCAUACGGCCAUGCCAGAAGUGUUCCAACACCUGCAGGAGCUGGACGAAAAGCGAAUAAAAAAUACGAGGAACUACAUGCUCAAGUCGGUGGAGAUAGAGCGAUCGGUUGCACCGAUCAUAGCCCAGUGCCUCGAGGGCAUCGAGAAGGCCGCGAACGAGAUCAACGAGAAGGAGGACACGCUCCUGGUGAUCGAGCGGUACAAGAGCGGCUUCACGCCUCCCGGUGAUUUUCCCUUCGAGGACCUUUCCGCGGCCAAGAUGCAGAUCGACGGCGGCAACAGCCGGCAGGCCCAGCCUACCAUGCAGCCCAUACACAAUCACCUUACGGUCAAGGGCACCGUCUCUGGUGGCAAAAUGAAAAAGCGCGUCGGCAUUUUUGGUAUUUUCAGCAGCAACAAGAAGUUGAUCGAGGUGUGCAUAGCUUUAAAGGUCUGUUUUCUACAAUACGCAUAUUCCACGAAUAGCCCGGAGUCUGGUCUUGGAGCCUCGAGGACGUCCCUGCCAGGUAGCACCGGCGAGGAAUACUACGUUGACGAAGUCGACGCCCAGCCUCCGCUCGGUACCUGCAAGGCUCUCUACCCAUUCGAUGCUACUAGUGAAGGAUCAAUACCAAUGUACGACGGCGAAGAACUUUAUAUGAUUGAAUUGGACCAAGGCGAUGGAUGGACGCGAGUCCGUCGGAUUUCGCAACCAAUUGAGGGUUUUGUACCCACAUCAUACAUAGAAUGUCAUUUAUACAAUACAUAGUUGGAGCAAUACAAACUUUUACUUGAAGAAAAAAUUCCAAAAUUGUGCGAAACGUAAUAGAUCUAGACGUCUAUAAAAAAUUUACGUCGAUUUAGGCUUGAGCUGGGAUUUUCAGUCCCAUGUGAGUGUUUAAACUCAAUGUGGAGAAAAACUUAGUUCUGCAGUUGUCUUCAAGUCGUUUUCAAUAUUGAUUGAGUUCAAAGCAAAAUGCGACUCUAAAUUCCAACUUUAUCAUACAAGAUGAUAUCUGCCUGUCUCAUCUUUCAUGGAUCAUAUAUUUAUCGGUCGAAAAAAAAACAUAAAUGUAUAUUUUCAAACAACCAUAGAGCUUUAAAAUCAAGUUUGAAUGAAAAGUAAUACUAAUUCAUGACAGAUUUUACUGUAUCGAGUGUACGUAUGUAUACAUAAAUGUUACACUAGAAACGUAAAUAGGGCAACGUAACUUGUUCCUUCGUGGAACUUGAAUCAUAUAGGUUGUCAUUUAAAUACGUGAAAUACAGGCAUUACUUUGUGUGAUUCCUUUAAUCUUAUUAUUUUGUACGUCUAUCGAAUUAGGUGCAAUUUUUUCUUUUAUGCAUGUAGAUGUAAGAAACAAUGCUAAACAGCCAUAGAAGAAUUUUUUGUUGGGAGAAAAAGCGAGAAUGUAUACUGUAAAAGUUACUAAUGAGUAUUUCCUGCCCUUUUUUUGCAAUAUGUUUCUCGUAAUUAACAUUAGAGUAUCGAAAAUCGUCUUAUUCUUAAAAAUUUGUAAUCUUUAAAAACGCGUGAUUAUCCGAUUUGAUUAAGUAUAUAGAUUAUUCAAUAAAACAAAAGUACGAUGACGUCGAAUGAUUUCGAGUCAUAAAAUGAAACUCAUCCAAUUGCCGGAUGAUAUAUUACUUUAUAAGAUUAUAGACAAAGUUCUGGAUAGGAAAAAAAAUGUAGAUUCAGUACUGUAUGCGUAUAUACGUUGUUAUUUUAUUUUAGAAACACUUUUGGCGUGAAAGAGCCUAGAAUAAGUCGCUAAAACGUUGCUUUAUAAACAAAGGCAUAGCUCAAUCGUUACAAAAGGCAUAUUGAUAACAAAACUACUUAUUCACAUGUAAAUAUAUAUACAUAUACUAUUAAUAUCGGCGUGAGUGACAAAAAAAAAAUAAACAAUUAUGAAAGCGUGAAAGUGCCAGAAUCGGAGUCUCGCGUUAAUUACGAGUUCUCCUGGCCCGUCGGCAAACGCACGAUAUGUGCUUGUCCCAUAUUUUUGUUGAUUUAUUUUUUCCAACUAAGUAUUAACGACAAUGGCACGAUCCCUCUUAGAACACAGCGCAAUGCUAGUCAAAGAAAAUGAGUGUCGAGAUUUAAAUGGUUUAAUUUACCAUGAGUUGCAAGCCGGAUGUACUCGGAAAUCGUGACUCGGUAAAUGCCAACAGAAUUUUAUGAGAUUGCACAGGGUAAAUUCAGACUUUUGAAAAGAAUUUUUUCUAUUGUUAUUUUUUUCGAUUAUAUUUAACUGUAAAAAUUUUUUGUUACUGCCAUUAUACUGAAAUUAGAUGUAAAGAUACAAAACAAAGAUUUUCAAUCAAGUUUCUACUGUAGAUAAGAGUAUUUUGUAUGUAACAUUGCACAGUAGUUAAAUAGUGAAACGUAAUAGGCAAUUUUACAGGCUCCUGAAUAAAUUAUUAUGACAAAUUUGAAGGAAACUUGAUAUUUAGUUAGAAAAUUAAUUUUAUGAAUUUGAGGAAAAAAAAUUUAGUUCGAACUAUACUAACUCGUUUUUUGAGGAAACUCGUAAUUUCGUGGGAAUAUAUUAGAUACGUCCUAGAUCCGAUUAUGGAAUAAGCAAAUUAUAUAUGCACCUGAAAGUUGCGUAUAUUCAAUGUAUAUAUGUUCGAUCGUUACUAGUUUUCCAUAAGAAAAAACAGAUUCAGCAAGAUUAGUCGAUAGAGCAGCGAGACAAACAAAUGCUACUGCAUGAAUGAAGAUGAUGAUUUUCUUAUCAGAGUAUUCUAUUCAUUUUUUUUAUCCAAUUUGUUUACUAAAUUUGUAUUUUAUGUAUGCAUAUAAAAACAGCGUUUUUUUUAGUUACUUGUAGUUAUAUACUUUAAGACUUGUAAUUUAUUGUCGAAAUCGAGAGAGAAAGUAGCAAUAUGUAGCAAGUGUAUGACAAUGAGUCACGAAAUUUAUUAAGCAAGUAAAGAACAUACGGCAAAGCCUGGAUCGAAUAAGAUUUAAUUAAUAAUCGACAUGUUAAUUGCGUUGGCUUUUUGUCUAUUUGUGAUUUUUUUUACUAGCUAUCAUUGCAAUCGGCUGCAUUGACGAUAUUCAUUAACAAACAUUAUGAAUAAUGCUCAAAUGAAGCAUAAAUAUUAAGCCAAUAUUACUCUAAUGUAUACUUUAAAUAAUCAAGUAAGCGUAUGCGAGUCGUGCGACUUUCUCGACUUUUUACCUACCUUAUUGGGGGAAAAAAAAUUCCAUCAUUUUGAUAAAUGACAAAAUCGCUUUAAAAAAUUUGCAAAGCGCUUCGAACCUGAUAUAAUGUCAAUUUUUUUUUUACAUUUGACUAUUUAAAUGCUUUUGCAAGGAUAUGUACUUUCGUUUUUUCAUGAAAUUCGAAUUGAAUGAGACAUACAUUUAUAUAUCCUCGUCAAUUUUUCUAAUAACUGUACAAAGCUUGUGUAUUAAUUUUAUUGUGUAUAAUAAAUGAAGGUUGUGAGCAUUAAGCACCACAAUCGAAAGAAAAGAAA